UCAUGUUAACGAUAAAAACGCUGGGUCUGCUUUUACUUGUUAGCUGGUCAAAUGCAUUUGAUGAUACUCCAGCUUGUACGCAAAUUGAAAAUUUAUUUCAAACACUCUGUGCCCGAGACGGGACACAUAAAUCAAUCAGAAUCGAAACAUCUCAAGGAUCUCCUGGGAAGAGAGGACCAGUUGGAGAAAAAGGGGAAAUAGGCCGACCGGGACCCGUCGGGCCUCCAGCUAUUGUGGAUUAUGAACGCAUCGAAACUGAAAUUGAAGAGAAGGUUACGCCAGUUAUCAGUCAAUCAGCUGCAAACAACAACGCCCUUACCUUGGUGAUUGAGAAAUUGGAGGAACGAAUAAAGAUUUUAGAAAGCAAAGAGGGUAUGCAGAAAAAUACAACAGCAAUCUUUAAAACCCUCAUGCCCGCUUUUACCAGAAAAUUAUGUAUAUUUCUAAAUUAUUUAGGGGCGUGUGAGAUAAAGUUCGACGGUAAAUGCUACUGGGUAGAGAGUCUUGAUCAUGGUGUGACAGGCUAUGACAGAUGGGAAGCCACAUGUGCAGAACGGAAUGGCUCACCAGCGAAUAUUUAUUCGGAAAAACAUUACAAUGUCAUCAUGCGAUACCUUCGAGCGAAAAUAUUUGCAAAGAGUAAUGGGAUUUACCUAUGGGUGGGAAUGCGAACAAAUCCAGCUACUGGAAUCGUGACACUUUCCGAUGGAAGUCGAGCUCCAUUUAUGAAAUGGUAUCCUGGAUAUCCCUCUAAAUCUUCUGCUUAUACGCAUAUGACAAUUGUUCAAAGAGUUCCAUCAAGUUCUGCCAACAUUGGUAUUCACAACUGUCCACCAACUUCCAGCAGAGAGGGCGUAUUAUGUGAAUUAUAG